AUAUUGACACACUUGAUCUGUCUCAGGUGGGAAGCAACUCCGGCAAUACAAUUAGGGUUUCCGGACAGUUUGAGAACAAUCAGAGAAGAAGUUCGCACGAUGAAUCAAUCUGAAGACGACGGCGGGACGGUGUUGCAGCAGCUGGAGAAAUCCGUGGAGGCGAACCCAGACGACCCUUCUCUUCGCUUCGAGCUCGGUUUGUAUCUGUGGGAGAACGGCGGAGAUCCAGAGAAAGCGGCGGAGUGUUUCGUGCUGUCGGUGAAGUUGAACCCGGAGAAUGCGACGGCGUUCAAGUAUCUGGGCCAUUACUACUCACGAGUGGCGCUUGAUCAUCUCCGAGCUGCUAAGUGUUAUCAGAGAUCUGUCUCGCUGAACCCUAACGAUUCCGAUGCCGGAGAAGCUCUCUGCGAUUUGUUUGACAGAGAGGGCAAGCUGAGCUUGGAACUCGCGGUUUGCCGCGAUGCUUCUGAGAAAUCUCCUAAAGCUUUCUGGGCAUUUGCCAGAUUGGGUUACAUUCAGCUUCAUCAGAAGAAGUGGUCUGAAGCUGUUCAGAGCCUUCAGCAUGCAAUUCGAGGUUAUCCUACCGUUCCUGACUUGUGGGAAGCUCUGGGUGUUGCUUACCAAAGACUUGGAAUGUUUACGGCUGCUAUCAAGGCAUACAGCCGUGCCAUAGAACUAGAUGAGACCAGAGUUUUUGCGCUAGUUGAGAGUGCAAACAUCUUUUUGAUGCUUGGUUCAUAUAGAAAGGGUGUGGAGCAGUUUGAGCAGGCGCUGAAGAUUUUGCCUAAGAACUCAUCUGUACUAUAUGGUCUUGCUUCUGGACUGCUUAGUUGGUCAAAAGAAUGUGUAAAUUUGGGCGCAUUUAGAUGGGCAGCUUCAUUAUUGGAGGAUGCUCGUAAAGUUGCAAAAGCUAGUAGUGAGUUAGCCAGCAACAUGUCUUCUAUAUGGAAAUUGCAUGGUGAUAUUCAGCUUACGUAUGCGAGAUGCUUUCCAUGGUCUGCGGAAACUGAAAUCUCGGAAGUUGAUUCAAAGAGUUUUAAUGAUUCAGUUCAUGCUUGGAGAAGUACUUGCUCCUCAGCUGCUUUGUCUGCGAGAGCUUCUUACCAACGGGCUCUGCACUUAGCCCCUUGGCAAGCUAAUAUUUAUACCGACAUAGCCAUAGCUUCAGAUCUCAUUUCGCCUUUAGGAGAGGACUGCGAAAGCUCAAUUUCUUGGCAGCUUCAAGAGAAAAUGGCUUUGGGAGCUUUGUUACUGGAGUGUGACAACUCUGAGUUCUGGGUUGCGUUGGGUUGUCUAUCUCGUCAUAGGGCUUUGAGAUUACAUGCUUUGAUUCGGGGAUUGCAAUUAGAUGUAUCUCUUGCCAUUGCUUGGGCAUACAUGGGCCAGCUUUUCAGGCAGACAGAUGAAAUGAAAUUGGCGAAACAGGCUUUUGAUUGUGCCAGAAGCAUAGAUCCUACACUUGCGUUACCAUGGGCAGGCUCAGCUGAUGUGUAUGCUAGGGCAUCAAUAGUCGAUGAGGCUUUUGAGAGCUGCUUACGAGCUGCACAAAUAUCACCCAUUGCAGAGUUCCAAAUUGGUCUGGCAUGGCUAGCUUUGUUACAUGGUACUCUUUCAUCUCCACAGGUUUUUGCUUGCAUUGAGCAGGCAGUGCAGCAUGCUCCUUAUUCCGAACCUCUUAAUCUUCACGGCCUAGUCUGUGAGGCAAGACAGAACUAUCAAACCGCUGUUACUUCCUACAGGCUGGCACGUGCUGCCUUAACGUUUUAUCCAGCCAAUUCUUUAAAAUCUCAUGAUGGGGAAAUAUCUAUUAACUUAGCCAGAUCACUUAGCAAGGCAGGAAAUUUUAGAGAUUCAGUGAAGGAAUGUGCAGAUUUGAAGUUAAAAGGAAUGCUUGACGACAAGGGCUUGCAAAUAUAUGCUUUCUCUCUGUGGAAGAUUGGUGAAAAUGAUUUGGCUCUCUUGGUGGUUAGGGAUCUGGCUGGCAGAAUUUCUACCAUGGAAAAAACUUCAAUAGCGUUCUCAGUCAGCUUCAUUUGUAGGCUGCUUUAUUCUGUGUCGGGUUUAGAUUCUGCUAUCACCAGCAUCCAGAAGAUGCCAAAAGAUUUCUUCCAGAGUUCGAAAAUUAGCUUUAUUGUAUCGGCAAUCCAUUCUCUUGAUCAGAGUGAUAGGUUGCAAUCGAUUGUUUCAAGCACGCGUAACUAUAUAACAAUGCACGAAGAGAUCAUUGCAAUGCACUACUUGAUAGCACUCGGCAAAUUGCUGAAAACUGGUGCCGGAGAUUCCCUUGGAUUUGAUAAGGGGGUUGCUCACCUGAGAAAAGCUCUUCAUAUGUAUCCUCAUAGUAAUUUGUUAAGGAAGCUGCUAGGUUAUCUUUUGUUAGCUGGUGAAGAAAUGAAUGAUGCCUGCACCGCUAGUAGAUGCAGCAUCAUAAAUGUCUCUGAAUGUACAAAUAAAGAUGAUCUAAAAUCCGCAUUGGAUGUCCUUGGAGGAGGGGCAGUGGCCUGCAAUGUUAUCGGUAAUACAGCUCCAAGGUUCUCCUUUCCGACUUGCCAUUGCCAGUGUCUGAAUGCUCCUAUUGUUCCUGUAGAACUGCAAAGAUUUUUGCAUCAAGAACCUUGGAACUAUGGUACAAGAUACUUGCUCAUCCUAAACCUUAUGCAGAAAGCACGCGAGCAGAGAUUUCCUCGAGGGCUCUGUGGUGUUAUUGAACGGCUGAUCUCUGUGGCACUGUCCGAUGAGAUAUAUUCUGAGGAAGGCACCUCUUACGGAUAUCAAAAGUUACAGCUUCUGCUUUGUGCUUCUGAGAUCAGUUUGAAAACUAGAAAUAUAGUUGCCUCCAUCAGCCAUGCUCAAAAGGCUUCUUCCCUUCCCCUUCCCGAUAGCUACCUGUUUUACGGACAUUUGCAACUAUGCCGUGCUUAUGCAGCUGAGGGUAACACCAGAAACCUGCAAGAAGAAUAUGAAUCAUGUUUGAAGCUCAAGACCGACUGUAAUAUCAGUUGGAUAUGCUUGAAGCUCAUAGCAGCUCAAUUCGAUCUGCAAAAUGAUUCAAGUAUCCUGGAGCUAAGCCUACAAGAAUGCUCAAAGGAGAAGAACUUGCAGAAAGAGUGGAUGGCAUUAUACAAUCUUGGUCUUGGCUUAGUUUGUAUCCGGAAACGGGACUUUUUCUCAGCAGAGGAGUUCCUUGCACAAGCUUGUUCAUUGGCUAAGUCAGAGAGCUGUGUACUUCUCUGUCAUGGUGUUGUCUGCAUGGAGCUGGCAAGGCAGACUAAUGACUCGAAGUUCUUGUCAAUGGCUGUGAAGAGCCUUGGCAAGGCACAAGCGAGUUCACUAGUGCCCUUGCCUAUUGUCUACUCGUUGUUGGCUCAAGCACAAGGAAGUCUUGGUUCUAAAGAGAAAUGGGAGAAGAACCUCCGUCUCGAAUGGUUCUCUUGGCCACCAGAGAUGAGACCUGCAGAGCUCUUCUUCCAGAUGCAUAUACUCGCAAGGCAAGCACAAGGGCGACGUCCCGAGACUGGAACAGGCGUGGAGAAUUUCCAAAGUACCGAGAAAUGGGUGCUUCGGGCUAUUCACACAAACCCUUCUUGUCAAAGAUACUGGAGUGUUUUGUCUAAGCUUAUACAAUGAACAAAGGAGUUUGCUUUGUAUUACAUUAACAGUGUUGAAUAUGUUUGUGUUUUCUUUUUCUUCUAUGAACCAGACAGAGAUCAUAGGAUCUUUCAUGCUUUGUGCUACGGCAUUGCCCAAUACAAACAUCAUGUCGUUUCCUUCCC